AUGAGGAGAAAAACAGAAAAAAAAAGAAUGGAGAGGAGAAAGGAGACAAUAGCCUGCAACAUCUUUAAUGAGCUGCGUUUGGAAAAUAAUCUGUGUGACGUUCUCUUUAAAGUGAAUGAUGCUGAGUUCCAUGGACAUAAGAUCAUCCUGUGUGGCUGCAGCCCUUACUUUAGGGUUCUCUUCACCCAUGGCUGUUAUCCUCCAGAUAAAUUUCAGUACAACAUCCCUGGUGUCUCCUCAGAGAUAAUGGAGUUGAUCAUGGAGUAUGUGUAUGUACAGCGAGUUAACAUUAAAGAGGAAAAUGUGCAUGACCUGCUUAUUGCUGCUGAUUAUCUGGCAAUAAACGGACUGGUGAAUGAGUGCUCCAUGUUCCUGAAGGCUCAGCUGUGCCAGGAGAACUGCAUUGGAAUUUGGCGCUUUGCUCGCUUCUAUUUCUGCAUUGAGUUGGAGCAGCAGGCCUUUCAGUUCAUUCUCCACCACUUUGAGAAGGUGCUGCGUGCGUCUGAGGAGUUCUUGAACCUCUCAGUUGAAGAGCUUUGUGAGAUCAUAGAGAAAAAUGAGCUGAAUGUGAAGCAGGAGAACUUGGUUUUUGACGCCAUCAUACUAUGGAUUGAACAUGCGCCCCUGGAGCGAAAAUCACACAUUGAACUGUUACUGACAAGAGUGCGGAUGGGGCUACUGCCGUCUGACUACAUUAAGAACAUUGCGAAGAACUUAGUGGCAGACAACACAGUGUGUAGACAGAUCAUUGACAAAUUUCUGCUAAACAUCAAUGACCUGAACACAGACAAAUUUCGUAGCUCUGAUCUUGCUCAGCCCCGCCUGCCAAGUGCUGUUCUGCUGGCCAUCGGUGGGUGGAGCCAUGAAGGUUUCACCAAUGCCAUAGAGGCAUAUGAUCCACGAGCAGAGCGCUGGGUCGAUGUGACCUGUAGCAGUGAGAGUCCACGAGCCUAUCAGGGAGCGGUGUAUCUUAAUGGCUUUGUUUACUGCAUGGGAGGAUUUGAUGGCAUGAAUUACACCAAUAGCGUGCGACGGUUUGACCCCAUUACCAGAACCUGGGCUGAGGUUGGCCCGAUGCACUCUUGCCGGUGUUCCCUGAGCGUGUGUGUGCUGGAUGGCUAUAUCUAUGCAAUGGGAGGAUUUGAUGGCAUUGACCGGCUUAACACAGUUGAGCGAUACAAUCCUAAGAACAAUCAAUGGAGUAUGAUAGCACCAAUGCACGAACGCAGGAGUGGUGCAGGCGCAACAGUACUAAGUAGUAAAGUGUUCAUAUGUGGAGGGUUUGAUGGUAAUGAAUAUUCAUUUACAGGAGAAUAUUACAGUCCUAAGACAGACCAGUGGACUCUCCUCCCCCGCAUGGCCAGCAGAAGGACUGGAGUUGGUGUGAUUGCUUACGGUGGACAAGUUUAUGCCAUUGGGGGGUUCGAUGGUGUAAAUCACCUGAGAAGUGCAGAGGCAUAUAAUCCACAGACUAACAUAUGGACGCAUGUUCCAGACAUGAUGGACCAACGCAGCAACUUCGGCAUUGAGGUUCUGGAUGAUCUUCUGUUCGUUGUUGGAGGAAACCACUUUACCACCACCAAUAAUGUGGAGUAUUAUGAUGAGGGAACUGCUGAAUGGUACAAAGUGGAAGACAUGCAUAUAUUCCGCAGAGCUUUGAGCUGCUGUGUGCUGUCUGGUUUACCCAACAUGGCUGAGUAUGCUGCACCCCGAGACCUUCUCUAUAAACACCCCUAAAGUACCCAGAAUUCCCAGAGCAGGAGAAAUGUCUUUUAACCAAGCUAGACAACAUGUCAUUACUUUCG